AUGGCUUCCGUCAAAGAAGAAUUAAUCAGCGAAGUGGAGAGUGAAGCACAAGUCAUGCAGAUUGUCCAAGCGGCUCUUGAAGGAAUCGAUAUGGAUGCAUUGACGAGUAUGACACCGGGACUGCCACAAGUCGCAAGACAAAAUGCGAUUAAUAGUCUUUUGGGAUCGAAGAAGUUAGUUAUUCAACAGGCUCCCGGUGGUCUUCUGCGACUGAAAGUUAAUACAAGUCAACAAAUUGCUGGAACCGAAGAAGAACAAGUGAUAUAUGGCCUGAUCGAAGAAUCGAAAACACGUGGAAUCUGGAUAAAAGAACUGCGCGAUGGAUCGGGACUCAAUCAGCUCCAAUUAAGAAAAACACUGAAAUCAUUGGAGACGAAAAAGCUCAUUAAAACUAUCAAAGCUGUCGGGACCACCAAGAAAUGCUAUAUUGUGUUCGAUUUGGAACCGGAUAUGUCAUUGACAGGCGGCACAUUCUAUUCGGAUCAACAAUUAGAUUCUGAAUUGAUUAACACAUUGAUCAGUGUCUGUGGAUCGUAUGCAAGUAGUCGAAGAAAGCAUGCGAUCGAAUCAAAUCCAAAUAACAUUCAAAUGCAACGAGAAUCGAGUUAUAUUCGGCCACAAGAGAUCGCCCAAUUCAUAACCGAAAAGCGAGUGCUCAACGUUCCGCUCUCAUUGGAAGAUCUCGAACGAAUUUUGGAAGUGGCUGUUCUAGAUGGAACAAUUGAAAGAAGAGCUGAUGGAAAGAUCCGAGCAUGUGCCCCUCGUUCAAGUAUUUCCCCAUUAGUGUCUGUUCCGUGUGCUGUUUGUCCAGUUGUCGAGGAUUGUCGUCCUGGAUAUGUGAUCUCACCACAAUCUUGUGAUUAUAUGAAAAACUGGUUGGCCGAGUUAUAA